UCGUUUAGACCAGUUUUGUUUUGCGUGGUGAAAUCUCAACGACACGAUCUCGAAGGCGUUCACGUCACUGUGAGAGAGUUAAAACGACAAAUCAUGAGACGAGAGGGACUGAAGCUCUGUGACCUGCGGAUCAGCAGCGUGCAAACCAGUGAAGAAUACACUGAAGAUGAAGCUCUGGUUCCCAACAACACAUCAGUCAUCAUCAGACGAGACCCUGCUCUUGAGCUCAAAUCCACAAAUAAAAGCUUUGUCAGUAAUCGGCCUGAUUCAUCAUGUGGAUCUUCACCAACCGUAUUGCCUGUGAAACAGACUGAGAAUCUGGCCGAGGCAAAUGCAUCAGAGGAGGACAAACUCAAAGCUGUGAUGUUCCAGUCCAGUCUGUGCUAUUAUUCCAGCAGUGAUGCGAUGAAGCUGGUCGGACUGCUUCCACCAAACUACAUCUGCUUCUGCUGUAGGAUUCCUGGACUUCACAUUAAAACCUGCCUGAGUAACAUGGACAUGAGUUGUGCUCCUCAUAAACGCAUACGGAGAUGUGCAGGGAUUCCUCCUAGUUUUCUGGUGGAGGUGGAUGACCCUGACAGAGAGGGAGUCAUGAUGGACAGCAGUGGAAAAUACGUCAUUCCUGUUAUGGAUGCUGAUGCCUAUGCGCUCUGGAAGAAAAAGAAGCCAGCCUUCUCACCCCAGAAUGAACCUGCAACCUCAACCUCAUCCUCAUCCUCAUCUGAUCCGGUUCCUGCGACGCUGCUGUGUCUGAUCUGUAAAGAUCUGCUGAACGAUGCUGUGAUGAUUCCCUGCUGCAGGAGCAGCUACUGCGAUGAAUGUGAGCGUCCCAUCAAACAAACAUCAGCCAGAAACAAUCAGCCUGUUUCUGACCAUCUUUUGAUGUCAGGUAUCAUAACGUGUUUGCUGGAGUCUGACGGACGCGUUUGUCCAACCUGCAGACAGCCACAGGUUCCUCCUGACAGUCUGACCGCAAACACUGUUUUGCGUCAAGUAAGACCUUGUUUCUUCUUGUGGUUCAUCUUCCGCGUCUUCAUUUCAGUACCAUUUUUGGAAUUCAUUUUUUUUAAUUCAGGAGGUGGAUCAUUUUAAAAACGGAACCAGUUCACGUUCUUACCCGAGUCCAAAGCAUGCUCCUCAGUCUCAGUCAUCCAUCCCAGGAUCUUCAUUGAAGAGGCAUUGGGAUGAAAGAGGGAAUCAUUCCUGCUCUAGAUCUCCUCAAAAGAGAUAUAAGGACCAGAAGAGAACGCGCUACUGAAACACUUUUUAUUCCUGCAUUGGAGAAACCUUGUGAAGUAUCACUCCUGAAAAUAAACACAAAGCAUCAAAAUGAAUUUGUGUUUGUAUUUUUUAUAUUGUUAGGAAGUAUAGAAUAUUGCAGAAUGGAGUUUGUUGUUAAAUACUCACAUAUUGACCUUUCGCUCCCAAAUUCAUAUUUCAACAUUAGUUUAAAAUAAUCAUAUUUAAUGAAUAUUGAUACUGCAUGGUAUUGUUCUACAUAAAAAAAUAAGAUCAAGUCAUGAUAUUUCAACAUAUUUUGUUGAACCUAGAACAACAUUUGAAAUGAUCUCUACACCUAAUCCUAAACUUACCCAUGAGUAAUGUCUAAAACCAGGGGAAAUGAUAGAUGAAUGUCACUGAUGUACAAGCACCAAGCACUGAUUGUAAGCCUAACCUACACAAAAACGAUCAAAUGUUUUCUCAAGUCUCAGUGUUGUUCCAGGAACCCAUCGAACUCAGCAAAAUCAGGUUCUGCAAGGGAAGACUGCCAAAACCGUCUUUAACGCCUCUUCAUACCAAUUGUUAACAAACGGUCUAUUUUUAUUUUUUAGAGCGAAGGUUUCGAUAUGACGCUGAAGCGCAACAGUAUGCUGAUCUGUCUGUGACAGGAAACAGAAAGUCUUUUCUUUCAUCUUUCAUGAUUAAAUUGUUUCGUAGAGAUCUGAAAAUGAACUUAUGAUGACCUAAAUUAGCAUGAGAUCGCUGCUCAAAGAUCAACGUGUACGUGCGUGCAUGUGUGUGAAAUGUUUUCAAGCCAGUUUUCACACAAGCAGGAGCAAACUUAGCCAUUAGGCAGAGGUAGGCGAACGCCUUGGGCCCCCAAAAGCCAAGGGCCCUAACAUGACUUUCACAUAUCAGAUGCUUAAGUGCGGAAAUGCUGAAGGUGGCUGUGUAUGUUUUUUUAUCACCACAACGACCAUCUGGGUGUUGAACGUGCACGUCUUGUGUAUCCUGCUUGUAGCAAAUAAUAUUUUUUUUUUCUGCUGCACACACUUAUCUAUCCAUCUCUCUCUCUCUCUGCGUCUGCUCUGUUCAGCUGCGCUUUCAGUUAAAGCAUGCUGCUUCUCUAAUGUUACAUGGUAGUGCUGCAGAUAUAAAUGUAGUUUUUGUCUUUAUCUCAUGUGUAGCUUAUUAGAUUUUAUCAGACGACGGCUCGGUUAUAAAUUAGGAUUAACAUCUUGGAAGAGGCUGGUUAUGUAGUCUUAAUGGGUCGCGUUUCAGCCAUUACUGUCUGUUGUCUGACAUUGAAACAGUAAAAUAUAUCAAGGAAAAGUUUUGUUUGGAAAUUUAGCUGCAUCAAAAUACAGUAUACGGGCACAGAGAGGCAACAUGUAAUAAGUGUACAUGUUGCAUGUGCAGAACAAGUGUAGCCUAAAAAGGUUUGCGUCAGUAAAUAUAUUACAUAAUAUGAUAUAUUACACUUCUGACUUAUCCACUUAAAAAAAAAAAAAAAUGGUUUAAAAGUUGUUUCUCAAUCAAUUGCUACUUUGUGGUCCAGAAUAAAAGCUAAAAUAAUAAUUUUCAUGUCAAUAAAAGUAUCCCAUUAUAACACGCAGGCUGCAUUCAGUUGAUUAAUUUAGAAGAUUUCGUUUUUUCCAAAUUGACUUUAGAAUAAGAACAAUGCAAACCAAACCAAACGUUCCCUUCCUUUGCUCACAGAUGUGAGAACAGGCAGUGCAGUGUGUUAUUGUGAAGCGCUCUUCCAUCAUCCUGCGGAUAAGACUUUUUCUAAACUGUCCUUGGAUUAGAACAGACUGCGGUCAACA